AUGUCCAGAGAUCUGGAUGAUAUUGACCUCUCUAAUCUCAAAGACCCUUCGGGGAUCUUCGAACUGAUCGAGGUGGUCGGCAAUGGCACUUAUGGACAGGUUUACAAAGGCCGCCAUGUCAAAACCAAUCAAUUGGCCGCCAUUAAGAUCAUGAACGUCAACGAGGAUGAGGAGGAAGAGAUCAAAAUGGAGAUUCGGAUGCUAAAAGUUGUACGUUUUCUUUCGUUUUUUGAUUUUUUUGGAAAUUUAGGUAAUAAUUAAAUUUGGAUAACAUAACUAAAACUUGAAAUUACUCUCAAAUUGCCCAAUUUCUGUUUCAGUACUCGCAUAACCCGAACAUUGCCACCUAUUACGGCUCCUUCAUCAAGAAACUGCCUUCCUCGACGGGUAAACACGACCAAUUAUGGUUGGUAAUGGAGUUUUGUGGAAGUGGAUCGGUGACGGAUCUGGUUAAGUCAACGAAAGGGAAUAGUCUCAAGGAAGAAUGGAUUGCCUAUAUUUGUCGGGAAAUAAGUAACGUGAGUGUUUUAGCUUCUUAUUUUGUUUUUGAAGUUUAGGUACCCAAUGUAAUAUAGAAUGUGUUAAUUCGCUUGCCACAUGCUUUGUUGGAUAGUAAUUUCUGUAAUUUUAGGGGUUAAACCAUUUGCAUAAGCAUAAAGUGAUUCAUCGUGAUAUAAAGGGUCAAAACGUCCUGCUUACUGAUAACUGCGAAGUAAAACUAGUCGAUUUCGGUGUGAGCGCUCAGUUGGAUCGGACUGUUGGAAGGCGAAAUACGUUUAUUGGAACCCCAUACUGGUAUGUGAACUUAUUUCUUUUUUUUUAUGAUUGAAUAUAUGGAUUUCGUUAUAUUAUCCAUUUGUUAUAGGAUGGCCCCGGAAGUGAUUGCCUGUGAUGAUAACCCAGACGCAACAUACGACGCCCGCUCGGAUCUGUGGUCCUUGGGUAUUACGGCGUUGGAAAUGGCCGAAGGACAUCCGCCAUUGUGUGAGAUGCACCCAAUGCGGGCAUUGUUUUUGAUCCCAAGGCAUGACCCGCCAAGGCUCCGGAAAAAGAAAUGGUCAAAGAAGUUCGAGUCCUUCAUUGAAGCAGUUCUGGUCAAAGAUUAUACCCGCCGGCCACUGACUCAUGAUCUGCUGAGACAUCAAUUUAUGAGGGAUAUCCCGCCAGUCAAUCAAGUUCGACGUUCGAUCAAAGAUCACAUUGACCGGUUUAGAAGGAUGAACAAGAAGGAUGAGACCGAAUACGAGUAUUCUGGCUCAGAGGACGAAGAAAAUGCUGUGCCAAAUGGACAGGUCAGACAUGGAGACCUCGGUAGGUGGUUUCAAAAAAAAUUUUUUUGUUAAUCAUCAUGAGUAAUGUGAAAUUUUGGUAACCAAUAAUGUUUAUUCUCGAACUCAAAGUUUAUUCCCAUCUUUUUUUAGCCAACAUGUCCCAAAGCGCGUACGGUGACACACUCCGACGAGGAUUCCAACGCAUUCAAGAGUCCAAUUUGAAUGCAUUCGAACACGCCGGACCACAACAACUGAAUCGUGUCAGAAAUGGCGGAUCCCAACCACAACAGCAGCAAAGAGCCUACAGACAACAACAACCUCAGCCCCAGUUCCGACACCAGCAAAUUGGCAAUCAGAGUCCGAGAGAAAGAGAGAUCCGAAUGAGGAAUCAUGACAGUAGACUGGGCCCACCUCAGAGAAUUGGGGUCGCCGGACAGCCAGCUCCUGAUUACAGGAGACAGUCAAGGCCUCACUCGCAAUAUGGGGUAAGCCUUGGAGUUACAGAAACAUCAGAAAUCGGGUUUAAAGUUGCUUAUUUCAAAUUGAUCAUGAUGAUUUAGAAGAAAUUCUAAAAUUUAGUUUUUUUUUUUGAGUUUUAGCUAAUUUUGUCUACUUGUAGCCUCAAAGACAUGCCUCCCCGCAUCAUCAAGGCGCUCUGGUCCAUCCAGCUGCCCCUCAACUUACCGAAUUGGAGAAAAGCCGACGGCACCGUGCCUCGGAAAGGGACCGUCAAUCAAGCCGUCAUUCCAAUGGUGUCCAGGCCCCGCAUAUGGCCAGAGUUAGUGCUAAUAUCCCAUCUAGCGUCUCUCCGUUGAGGAAACUAAGUGAGCCGCUGCUAAAUGGACGACCAGAGGUAAGAGAGAGAAUUAUAUUGUUUAUGGGGUACAUAUUUGAUAUGCUGACGGAAGAUGACGCUAUGAUUGUUUUAGGACCUUGAUGUACUUGCCAGUGAGCUAAACCGAAUGGCAAACCGUCUUCCAAACUCGUCUUCAAGCCAAGCCAACGGCUCAACCAGCCCUCCGCCACCAGCCCCACCGCCGCGCGACACCUCCAUGGCCUCACACAAUGGUCUUGGUAAUGGACUGAGUCCAGAAGACACAGUCCUAGCCUCGGAGCCGGCUGAAGGCACCUUAAGAGGCCCGAAUAAACCUCUUCCGCCUACUCCAGACAACGGAGUGGACUCUGAUAAUGAUCAAGAGGGCACACUGAUGGUCCACCGACGACGGAAUGGAAGUUCAAGCAGUGUGAGAAGACAUAACAGCAGCGGAAGGGCAGAUUCUCCGGCUUCGGUAUCACGACAGAGGCUGAGUAUUGUGGGGAAAGCCGCGAGUGUUCCGGAUGUAAGUGGGUGUUUGCUUGAUGAGGCGGUCGCAUUUCAUAGGCAGUAUGCUUAUGUUCAAUAUGUUUGUGUUUUCAGGCCGAGAAUUAUAAUAUCUUGACCGCCGGCGAGGCCGAAUCUUCUUCACCGUCCUCUCCAAGCAGCCACGAAGGCCCGUCUCCGUCGGAAUCCCCAAGAACGGAUGCCAGAAGACUUUAUGGCUCUGGAAUCUUGUCGGCCAAGCCAAAUGGAGGAAGCCCAGCCGCAAAUCGAUCCCAUUCCAGUCUAGGCGAGGGCCCCGUGAACUCGAGGAUCCAGCAGCGAAUGCUUGCACAGGAAGAGGAUAUGGAUCAUGAUGAUCAGGAUGACGACGAUGAUGACGAUGAAAGUCCGAUUCCGCAAAGAAGAAUCAUCCAGCAACGCUCGGUGGACUCUCAAUCGGUUGAAGAGGUAUGGUUUUUUAUUAGACAUGUGGGAAAACACAAGUUUUCUGGAAAAUUUGCAAUUUAUUGGGGGUUGGUUCAAAUGGGGUGGUGUUAGAUAAAAUUUUUGUGAGCAUUCGGGUCUAAUCUGUGUUAUAUCUACAGAUCGCUUCGUUGUUUGGCAGCUUCUACGUGAGUUUUGGUGUAGUAUGUUAAAAGUGGUAGAAAUUUUUUGUCAAUGUGGUUUUAAUUGGUCUUUAUUGUUAUAGUAGUUGAUAUAAUAACAAUUUUUUUUAGUUCCCCGUCGGAUCCAAUGGAAAUGGACAAUCCAAUCUCCAACCCAAACCUCAAACUCCAUUAUCCCAAAGAGACCGAGAGAAAUCGUUUGUGGCCUAUUUUGGAAAGCCCGGAGCCCGAUUAUCGAACGGCCUUGGGUCGACUGGAACGAUUAACCGACCAGGCAGAGUCAAUCAGGAUGUAAACCAAGUCCAAGUCAAUGUGAAUCCGAAUCCUGGCGCUGGAGCCGGCUUGGAUAAUGAUGCCCCCGAGAUCAGGAAGUACAAGAAGAAAUUCAGCGGAGAAAUUCUAUGCGCCGCCCUUUGGGGAGUAAAUCUUUUGAUCGGAACGGACUCGGGAUUGAUGCUGUUGGACAGGUCGGGACAAGGGAAGGUCUAUCAGUUGAUAACCAGAAGAAGAUUCGAUCAGAUGACUGUCCUGGAGGGACAGAACAUCUUGGUCACCAUCUCGGGCCGAAAACGAAGGAUAAGAGUCUAUUAUUUGAGCUGGUUGAAGCAAAAGAUCCUCAGAACUGAAGGAGUAAGUAAAUUUGGGACUUGAUAAGGACUAUAAAGUAGCGAAAAGAAGAAAUUUUAACGUUUUUUUAAGAUUAAACCGAAAAUUUGAGAACUUUCUGCUAAUAUACCCACUUUCAGAUACAACAACAAGAAAAGCGCAACGGAUGGGUGAAUGUCGGCGAUCUGCAGGGCGCUAUUCACUUCAAGAUUGUCCGUUAUGACAGAAUCAAGUUCUUGGUGGUUGGACUGGAGAAUUCAGUGUCGAUUUAUGCAUGGGCCCCCAAGCCUUACCACAAGUUCAUGGCUUUCAAAUCUUUCGGACAACUUAGCCAUAUGCCACUGAUUGUGGACCUCACCGUAGAGGAAAGCGCUCGGCUCAAGGUCCUCUACGGAUCUCAUGAAGGUUUCCAUGCGAUCGAUCUGGAUUCAGCAUCCAUCUAUGAUAUUUAUGCUCCAACUAUGGUAAGUUCUUUGAUUUUUUUAUAGAUUUUUUUGUAACACCUGGUACAAGCCCCGCUGACGCGGGCCUUGACGCCGCUGUGCGCGCAAAGGUUGCCCAACGUGAAGUUGACUUGAUCGCAUGCACUACAGUUGAUCGUCCAGGCCACGCUUCGCGUGGCCAACAACGCGCUGACGCGCGUUAUACUGCCUCAAGCCCGGCACUUCUGUUAGCUAAGGGCCGCGCGCCAGCGCUACCUUUUUUUAACUUUGACCAAUCAACUGUUCUUAGGACUUUGCCUCGGCCUCCGGCCUCGGCACAGUGCGCUACAACACUCUACAGCAACAUUCAGAAGGUUCCGUAACCCACGGCGGCCUUCGGCCGCCGAAGCUUCCAAAAAAAAGUCGGUUUGGCUCGGCCUUCGGCCUCGCAAAAUCAUUUUUUUUGUCUUACUCCAUCGUUAUUGAACUUUACCUCGGCCUUCGGCCUCGGCACAGUGCGCUGCAGCACUCUACAACAAUAUGCAGUAGGUUCCGUGACCGACGGCGGCCUUCGGCCGCCGAAGCUUCCAAAAAAAAGUCAGUUUGGCUCGGCCUUCGGCCUCGCCGAGUCGUAUUUUAGGAAAUGAAAGCGGUUUCUGGACCGGUUUUUCACGCUGAUCACGAUGGUCCAAGUCUCGAUUCACGAAAUUUGAAUUUAGCGGCCGUAUGGCUGAUUUUCGGCCGAAAUGCCCACUCUUGGCCGAAAUUCGGCCGGUGCUCACUGAAUUCGAAAGCGAUUGGGCUGAAAUUUGGCACGAAGGAAGCUUAUGGAAUUUGUCGAAAAUUGACCCGAGCCGAAUUUUGAAUUUUGCACUUUUGCCCUCGGGGCGCAUUUAGUUCGCUGAAAAAAUUUUAUUUUGGUCUGGACGGUCGUAUUUUACGAAAAGUUGGAGUUGCGCACAUGAAUAUUACCCAAAAUUUGAUUCUGCGUCGAUUGGUACCAAGAUCGUGUCGAUAGCUCCACUGGCAGCCGAGUUCUGGAAGGGCGGAUCCAGAAAAUUUCGAAUUUUUGUCUUUGUCGCUAGGCGGGCGGGGUAAGAUGGUCGUAUGUUGGGAAGUGAAAGUUGAUUCUAGGGCAGUUUGAGGUGCUCAUUACGGGGCUUUUCUCGAAAAUCCGAAAAAUUUGAAGUCCGAGCCCUGAGGGCCGAUUUUCUGCAAAAAAUCCCGAAAAUUCGCUACGGUGCGUUCGAUGAGCAUUCCGGCACCGUAUCAGAAGCCGAAAAUAAGCACAGAGUAACUUCAGUCUAUUGCCGAGACAAUGCCGAAGCCCUUUUUUUGGAUUUCGAUCUAGUUUUUCCGGAAUACUUUCCGGAAAAUUUGGACUUUUUUGGGAAAUUUCAGAAAAUCUCGAAUAGCUAAAAUACGAAAUACGACACGGUAACGCAAUACAUGGUUCUAGGGCAUGUCAGGCAUGCUGAUUCAGAAUCCGUUGUCAAAAUCCAGAAAUUCCGUCAUCUUGAUGGUGAAAUCUAUAAAAAACCGAAAAAUGUCGAAAAUCGCUUAUAACUUUCGACCGGUCGAUCCCACACUCAUGACCUUUAGCUCAAAAGGCUUAGAAUUUUGCGUAGAUAAUGAUGGAACUCAGUUUCGUCCCGCUGGAUAGCGUUAACACCAGGUACCCUCAGGGCAUAUAUGUGAAAAAUUCGAAAAUACGCAGAUUUUUGGCCCCGGUCGAUGAUGAAAAAUGUAUAAAAGCUAAGGGCAACUCAAAAAAUGUGAAAAGUUACAGCCGAUCCAAAAUCAAAAAAUCCCAUUUUCAAACGCUCGCAGUUCCCGCCAGGAUGAAAAUUCCAACUAAGUGCUGAUGCCAAAAGUCAUCGAAUCCCCGCACCAGUUGACAAAAAAAAAGUCUCGAAAAAAAGUGCACGUUGAGUAUUUUUCGGUUUAGCAAAUUCAGUAGUUUUUGACAAGCCCCCGCUUCGCGGGGCCUUGACGUCGCUGUGCGCGCAAAGGUUGCCACACGUGCUCUACUGUUGAUCGCGCACUACCUCUGGAGUCGCUGGCCCCGCUUCGCGCGGCCAGAAAAACGCGCUAACGCGCGUUCUACUUACUCAAGCCCGCGAGAAAGACAUGCUCCGCUCCGACCCGGAGCAAAUAUUUCGAAUCACAAUCACUCACCCCAGCCAACCCAAAUUUACCCCGCCCUCUUGGAAUGGGAAUUCCGCUUUCUUUCUCUGUCUUCUCUUCCGGUCUCUCGCUCUCCGCUCUCUCGAAAUUCGAACUUGCGUAAAAGCAAAGGAAUUUCCCUCUCUCGCUCUCUCUCGAAAUUGAAACUUGCGUAAAAGCAAAGGAAUUUCCCUCUCUCGGCUCGGCCUCGCACAAAAAAAUCCAAAGUUGCGUAAAAGCAAAGGAAUUUCCCUCUCUCGGCUCGGUCUCGCACAAAAAAAUACAAAGUCCACCGCUGUUGGGGACGACUCGGCUCGGCCUCCGGCCUCGCCGAGUCGUAUUUUAGGAAAUGAAAGUGGUUUCUGGACCGGUUUUUCACGCUGAACACGAUGGUCCAAGUCUCGAUUCACGAAAUUUGAAUUUAGCGGCCGCAGGGCAAAUUUUCGGCCGAAACGCCCACUUUUGGCCGAAAUUUGGCCAGUGCUCGCUGAAUUCGAAAGCGAUUGGGCUGAAAUUUGGCACGAUUGAAGCUUGUGGAAUUUGUCGAAAAUUGACCCGAGCCGAAUUUUGAAUUUUACACUUUUGCCCUCGGGGCGUAUUUAGUUCGCUGAAAAAAUUUAAUUUUGGUCUGGACGGUCGUAUUUUACGAAAAGUCGGAGUUGCGCACAUGAAUAUUACCCAAAAUUUGAUUCUGCGUCGAAUGGUACCAAAAUCGUGUCGAUAGCUCCACUGGCAGCCGAGUUCUGGAAGGGCGGAUCCAGAAAAUUUCGAAUUUUUGCCUUUGUCGCUAGGCGGGCGGGGUAAGAUGGUCGUAUGUUGGGAGGUGAAAGUUGUUUCUAGGGCAGUUUGACGUGAUGAUUACGGGGCUUAUCUCGAAAAUCCGAAAAAUUUGAAGUCUGAGCCCUGAGGGCGGAUUUUGUGCAAAAAAUCCCGAAAAUUUUGCGCCGGUCAAAACGCCGGACCGGAACGUCGGAUUCAGAAGCUGAAAAAAAUGUAGUAGACACUACUAUGUAGCCCGAAGACCUACACGACGCCCGAUUUUUGAAUUUCGAUCUAGUUUUCCUGAAAAAAAUUCCGGAAAAUUUGGACUUUUUUCGGAAAUUUCGGAAAAUCUCGAAUAGCUAAAAUACGAAAUACGACACAGUAACGCAAUACAUGGUUCUAGGGUAUAUCAGGCAUGCUGAAUCAGAAUCCGUUGUCAAAAUCCAGAAAUUCCGUCAUCUUGAUGGUGAAAUCUGGAAAAAUCCGAAAAAUGCCGAAAAUCGCUUAUAACUUUCGACCGGUCGAUAAUUGUAAAUUAUAAGUUGGGUUCAGAAGUCUUAGAAUUUCGUGCUGAAUACGAUGGAAUCAAAAAAUUCCCGCUAAUUCCACCCAUAGGUCAGAAACCCUCAGGGCAUAUAUGACAAAAUUUCGAAAAAACGCAAAGUUCCGUCACGAACAGUUGAUGAGCAUCAUGUAAAAAGCUCGGAAACUUUUCUCUGUAAGAAAAAAGUUACAGGCGAUCUAAAGUCAAAAAAUUUCAUUUUCAACAGGGCGCAGCUCGCGGGAAAGGAAAAAUUUCAACUAUCCGCUGAUGCCAAAAGUCUUAGAAUUUUGUGUAGCAACUUCACUAAAAAUUUUUUCCCGAUAUCUCAACGUUGAAUAGUUUUCAGUUUAGUUUCUUAGGGUAUCUUUCGACAAUAUAAAAAUUUGUAAAUAUCUUAUGGUCCUUCUUCAGAAUAAUCCUCAAAUCACUCCACACUGUAUUGUUAUCCUUCCGAACACCUCUGGAAUGCAACUGCUACUUUGUUAUGACAGUAAGUGAUUGUUUUACAUAACAUAAUCUAAAAAUACUUGGAAAAGUUAUUGUUUGUUUUCCAGAUGAGGGAGUUUACGUCAAUACCUAUGGAAAAGUGACCAAGAACGUGCAACUCCAAUGGGGAGAACCCCCGAGCUCAGUUGGUGGGUUAAACUUUUGUUUUUGCCUGCAGAAUCGCCUAGGGUAAUAUAUUUUUUUGUUUUUAGCUUACAUUUCGACGAAUCAAAUUAUGGGCUGGGGAAACAAGGCCAUUGAGAUUCGGAAUGUGGACACUGGUCAUCUGGACGGAGUCUUCAUGCAUAAGAAGGCGCAAAAAUUGAAGUUCUUGUGUGAAAGAAACGACAAGGUCUUCUUUUCGUCGGCCAAGGGCGGCGGAGCCUCCCAGAUCUACUUUAUGACGCUGAAUAAGCCCGGUCUCUCCAACUGGUAG